CCCUCGCCCAGGAGGGAUGGAGAUAGAAAACAAACUGUUAAAUUCCAUCAAUCCUUUUCUAUCUUCCUCAUUGUCGUCUUCUUCCUCGAUGGCUAUCCUCCUGGUUCUGAUCUUCCUCUCUCCCUUCAUUUCAAGCCCUGAUACUGCCUUUGCAGAAGUCAGUAAGUUUGAGCCAGCUGAUGAAUUCCUCAUCAGUUGUGGUUCUAAGAGUUUAUCUGCAAUUCCUGAUGGAAGAGUGUUUAAGACCGAUCACGAAGCUCAAAGUUUGUUGCAAACUGAAGAAAACAUCUUAGUUUCUGCCUCUUCUGGAGAUGUUCCUUCUCCUAUAUAUCUCCAUGCCAGGAUUUUUGUUCAAGAAGCUACUUAUUCCUUUACUAUGAAGAGCCCGGGCUGGCAUUGGGUUCGCCUUCAUUUUUAUCCAUUCACUAACUCACAGUUUGAUCUUCGGACUGCAACAUUUUCCGUGUCUACUGACAAGUAUGUUCUUCUGCAUAACUUUAAUUUAGAGAAUCAAACUAAACCAUUCCAUAAGGAGUAUCUUAUUAAUGUGACCGAUCCCAAGUUUUCUCUCCACUUCGAACCUAUGAAGAAUUCUGCCGCUUUCAUCAAUGCCAUUGAGGUGGUUUCAGCUCCAGAUGUUAUGGUCCCUGAUGAAGGUUCUGCGCUUUUUCCUGUUUCGCCCUUUUCAGGCUUAAGCAGUUUCGGCUACCAAGUUGUUUAUAGGCUUAAUGUAGGAGGACCUUUGCUUACUUCUGUAAAUGAUACCCUUGGAAGGAGUUGGGAGAAAGAUGAGAAAUUCCUUAAGGAUCCUUCCUUUGCUCGGAGUACAAAUAUCCCAACUAGCUCAAUCAAAUACGGUACAGGAAUCUCCCCUUUAAUUGCACCACCAACAGUUUACGCGUCUGCUCGAGAGAUGGCUGACUCAGAAACAGUACAGGCGAAUUUCAAUAUAACUUGGAAAUUUGAUGUCGAUGUAGCUUUUAGUUACUUGCUUAGGCUGCAUUUUUGUGACAUUGUGAGUAAAUCCCUUAAUGACCUUUACUUUAAUGUGUAUGUUAAUGGAAAAAUGGCAAUUUCUGGUUUGGACUUAUCUUCCAUCACCAAACAAUUAGCAUCUCCAUAUUAUAAAGACAUUGUGGUGAAUAGUACCUUGAUGACCAGUGGACUUACUGUUCAAGUGGGACCAAUGGGCGAGGACACUGGUACUAUAAAUGCUAUAUUGAAUGGGUUAGAGGUGUUGAAGAUGAGCAACUCAGUUGAUAGCUUAGACGGAGAGUUUGGUACUGAUGGUAGAGUGGCUAGUGCGACUCGCAGCACGGUCGCAGCUGUUGGUUUUGCAAUGAUGUUUGGUGCUUUUGUUGGUCUUGGUGCUAUGGUGAUUAAAUGGCAUAAAAGACCUCAAGAUUGGCAGAAGAAGAAUAGCUUUUCUUCUUGGUUGCUUCCCAUUCAUGCCGGUGAUUCUAGUUUCAUGGCAAGCAAGAACUCAAUGGGUUCUCAUAAAACUAACUUUUAUUCAUCAACUCUUGGCCUAGGCCGGUACUUCUCUUUAUCGGAGUUACAAGAUGCUACAUGUAAUUUCGACCAGAGUGCAAUUAUUGGUGUUGGUGGUUUUGGCAAUGUCUAUCUUGGCGAAAUUGAUGAAGGUACUAAAGUUGCUGUUAAGAGAGGAAACCCACAAUCUGAACAAGGAAUUACAGAAUUUCAAACAGAAAUUCAGAUGCUAUCUAAGCUGAGGCAUAGGCAUUUGGUUUCCUUGAUUGGCUACUGUGAUGAAAAUGAUGAAAUGAUCUUAGUUUAUGAGUACAUGUCAAACGGGCCUUUUAGAGACCAUUUAUAUGGCAAGAACUUACCUCCAUUGACAUGGAAGCAAAGGCUAGAGAUCUCCAUUGGAGCUGCUCGCGGACUUCAUUACUUGCAUACUGGUACUGCACAAGGAAUCAUUCACCGCGAUGUGAAGACUACAAAUAUUCUACUGGAUGAAGCUUUUGUUGCCAAAGUUGCAGAUUUUGGUCUAUCCAAAGAUGCACCAAUGGGUCAAGGCCAUGUGAGUACUGCAGUGAAAGGAAGUUUCGGGUACUUAGAUCCUGAGUACUUCAGGAGACAGCAAUUAACAGAUAAAUCUGAUGUGUAUUCUUUUGGGGUGGUGUUACUGGAGGUGUUGUGUGCAAGGCCUGCAAUUAAUCCACAGCUUCCAAGAGAGCAAGUUAACUUAGCUGAAUGGGCUAUGCAAUGGAAAAGAAAAGGAUCGCUCGAAAAUAUCAUCGAUCCUCUUCUUGUAGGCACCAUAAAUCCUGAAUCAAUGAAAAAAUUUGCAGAGGCUGCAGAAAAGUGCUUAGCUGAUCAUGGUGUCGAUAGACCUUCUAUGGGAGAUGUCUUAUGGAACUUAGAGUAUGCAUUACAGCUUCAAGAAGCCUUUACGCAAGGGAAACCCGAGGAAGAACAAAUAUUAUCACCUGGUUCUGCUACUCCUGCUGCUGCUGCUGCAACUCCUCCUAUAGCUCCUACUCCUCCUGUAGUUCCUGCCACUGAUAACCGACUGGCUUCGGUUCCUGAAGAGAAUAGAAACCCUGCCCAAGUUCAUGCCAUUGAUGACCAUUCAGGAACUGCAAUGUUUGCUCAAUUUUCAGAUCUUAAUGGCAGAUAAAAAGAAAUUGUAAAUUUGAACAAGGGCUGUUUAAAUCAGUACAUAAAGUUCAAGAAUCUCACAGUAGCUUUUCUUGUUGUUACUUCAGUCAUUUGCAGAGGUCUUUUAAGGGGCUAGGAUUGCUCACAUACAUACUUCUUAUAUAAGAUGAUGAUGAUGAUGGUGUAUUUAGUAUCCAAACUCUCUCCUGUUUAUUUAAUUUUUAUUUUUGGCUUAUGAUUCCAUAGCUAAUUAGCUAUAGAGAUUUGUAUUAAUUAUUUAUAUGGCAGCAUUUAUAUUAACAGUUGCAGCA